AUGGUGUCGAUGGACGAAAAAGAGGCUUCUGAGACUGAUGCUGUUACGAUCACGAUUGCCACAGCCUCUGUGGGUCUCCCUCUGACCUGGAAGACUGUGAUCUGGCCAAACAGAAAGACCAGCACCAGCACACGGACCGACGUCUGUCCACGGCGCUCUCACGCAUCGCCAGCAACACCAGCUCCGCCAUCCGCUUCCACCAGCUACAUGAGCAAGAACAGUGCGGACGAUCCAGCCCUGCCGCUCAAUUUUCCGUCCCACAAGAAGUGGCUGAUCAUCUUCCUGCUGGCCAGCAUGACAUUCAUGACGCCUUUCGCCUCGUCCAUCCUCGCUCCGUCCAUCGGCUUCAUGGACAGCGAGUUUGGCAAUGACAGCCUCACCAUGGGGUCGCUCGCCGUGAGCAUUUAUCUCUUGGGCUAUGCCGUCGGACCACUGUUUCUCGCCGGGCAGUCCGAGAUCUACGGCCGCCACACCGGCUGUGCCCUGGCCCCAUCGCUUGGGGCUCUCAUCGGCUUCCGCUUUCUCUCUGGAAUCGGUGGCAGUGCCUGCUUGACUCUGGGUGGCGGCUACGUUAGCGACCUGGUAAGAUUGGAUGUUGAAGAGAGAGGCCAGGCUCUAUCGGUGUGGACGGUUGGCCCGCUUAUUGGUCCCACGAUCGGUCCCCUCGUCGGCGCCUGGCUUGGCCAGACGAUAGGGUGGCGCUGGAGCUUCUGGAUCGUGCUGAUUCCCAGGACCCUCAACACGAUAGUGAUUGCCAUGUUCAGCUGCGAGACCAGCGACCGAAUCAUCAUCCAGAACAAGCUCAGGCGGCUGUCCAAGCAGCUCGGGCGGACGGAUUUGCGCAGCUGCUACGAGGACCUUGAUGCGGUGCCAGUGCCACGAAAGACGAUCCUGGCACACGGACUCAUGCGGCCGCUGAAGAUGCUUUGUCUGUCGCCGACCAUUUUCAUUCUGUCGCUGUACAUUGCGUUUGCCUACGGCGUGCUGUACCUGCUCUUCAACACCAUUCCCAAGGUCUUCCAGGACGGCUAUGGCUGGAGCAUCGGCAUCACCGGACUCGUGUAUAUUCCGCUCGACCUCGGCGCUGACGGCAGAAGCUACGUCUUGGGCCUCUUUGUGUUCGCCCACAUGUCGGACCGCACAGUGCUGCGGCUGAACAGGAAGAACAACGGCGUGUUUGAGCCGGAGAUGCGCCUUGUCGACUGCAUCUACUUUGCCUGCUGUCUGCCCGUCACUUUUUUCUGGUACGGCUGGUCGGCCAGCUACCGUGUUCAUUGGAUCGUGCCUGUUCUGGGCCUGUUUCCGUACGGGUUUGCGAUGCUGGGCAUCUGGCAGCCGCUGCAGGCGUACAUGAUCGACUCGAAUGGCUACUAUGCGGCCAGCGGGAUGGCGGCCUUUACGGUGCUGCGGUCCGUUGUCGCGGCGUUUCUGCCGCUGGCCGGGCCCAGCAUGUACGAGACGCUCGGUCUGGGCUGGGGCAAUAGUCUACUGGGUUUUAUCUGUGUGAUUCUGAUUCCGGUGCCUUUGUUGAUGUAUCGACAUGGCAAGGCACUGCGUCAGAAAUUUCCACUGAAGCUUGCGUAG